GUCGCUGUCAAUGGGUCCAAAAGCAACAGUCCAAACACCAACAGAGCCCGUUGUGUCCAUUCCAGUACUAAGAACUGUUAGUCAAACAAGGGAAGGAAAGGAGCAAACAACCAUCCCAAGUUCCUCAAACAUCAAUCACUAAAAAUCCACAUGCCAUUUGCUUCCCAUAACAUACAUUUUCUUUCCAUAUCGUCCAAUCCGCCACUCCAACGUCCAUAGUUUCCAAACCUUCCCCCAACCUCCCCAUGUAAUGUGACAAUGGAUCCUCAAUCACGAAAGAAAGAAAGGGUAAAGGGAAAUUUUGGCGAACAUGCUUUCACUCCUCCGACCCAUUCCUCUGCUUCUUCUGCUGCAGCUCGCAACAAUGGCGGCAGCAGCAGCACAAUCGGAACCACUAGGGCGACGGGGCUGCCCGACCCAAUGCGGGAACGUAACCAUCCCAUUCCCAUUUGGAAUGGGUCCAGGCUGUUACCUCGAAUCACGCUUCCAAAUCCUCUGCAACCAAACCCUAAACAACCCACCAAAACCCUUCCUCACCAAACCCUACCUCGAGGUCCUCCAAAUCUCCGUCUCCAACAACACGAUCCAGACAUUGUUCCCAACCCUGACCCACUGCGGCAACCAAACCACGCGAAAGCAGCGGCGGGUGACGGUGGAUUUGUCCGGCGGCCCGUUCGUCCUCUCCCAUCUCCAGAACCGAUUCUCCGCCGUGGGCUGCGGCAACCUCGCCCUGAUGUCGCUGCGGCAGUCGGCGGUCUGCGGCUGCUUCUCCAUCUGCGACAGAACAAGAGACCUCUCGGAGCCGAUCCGGCGAUCCUGCAGCGGAAUCGACUGCUGCGAGAUCAAGAUCCCGUCCCGGCUCCAGGUGUUCAAUGUCAGCUUCGACGGCACUAGAGGGAGGGGGAGGAAGCUGAAGCUCGGGGAGUGCAAGUCUGCUUAUCUUGUUGACAAGCGGUGGAUGGAGGAUUCCAAUUCGACUCCAGAUGUUUUGGGGCAGAGGAAGUUUAUCCCUGUUUUGCUCAAGUGGAUGGUUGAUAAGAAACACUACCGUUUGAUUGCCUGGCCACGACGAACUGGCGGUGGAUCAUCGGAUCAGCAGCAAGUUUCGACCCAUUACUGUAACUUCUCGAAUUUCACGGCCAGGUUGCUUACUCGGAAGAGGGAGAUCUUUCAGUGUAGUUGCAGGAAUGGGUUUCAGGGGAACCCUUAUCUUAAUGAAGGAUGCCAAGAUAUAGAUGAAUGUGAAGAUUCUCACAAUCCUUGUGCUCAGCAGAAUAAAGUUUGCAUUAAUCUCAAAGGGAGUUUCAGGUGCAGCAGCUACAAAGUUCCCAAGUUCUUAGGUAAACAGGAUUCCAGGAAUGUCAUUUUACUAGGUGUAACUUUGGGAUUCAGCUUGUUGCUCCCAUUGUUUGGAGUAUGGUGGUUGUACAAAGCAUUGAAGAGGAGGAAGAAAAAGAAACUCAAGCAAAAGUUCUUCAAAAGAAAUGGCGGUCUCCUGCUCCAAAAACAGUUGUCCUCAGGGGAGAGCGGUGUUGUUCAGAAGCUCAGAUUGUUCACCUCAAAGGAACUAGAAAAGGCCACCAACAACUACAAUGUUAGCAGGCUGCUCGGCCAAGGUGCACAGGGAACUGUUUACAAAGGAAUGCUGGACGACGGGAUCAUCGUAGCGGUGAAGAAAUCCAUGAUACUUGAUGGAGGGAAGCUGAAGCAGUUCAUCAAUGAGGUCGUCAUUCUCUCGCAGAUCAACCACAGGAAUGUGGUUAAGCUAUUGGGCUGCUGCUUGGAGACAGAGGUUCCUCUUCUGGUUUAUGAGUUCAUACCCAAUGGCACGCUGCAUCAGUUUCUCCACAGUCAGACAGAGGAGGAGCUUGUUCUAACUUGGGAGAAGCGCCUGAGGAUUGCAGCUGAGGUUUCUGGGGCGCUCUCCUAUCUGCAUUCAGCAGCUUGCGUGCCCAUCUACCACAGAGAUGUCAAGUCCACCAACAUCCUCUUGGAUGCUAAGUAUCGAGCCAAAGUCGCCGAUUUCGGGACUUCGAGGUCGAUCAACGUCGAUCAAACCCAUCUCACUACUCGCGUGGAAGGUACCUUCGGCUACAUGGAUCCCGAGUAUUACCAAUCGAGUCAUUACACGGAGAAGAGCGAUGUUUAUAGCUUUGGGGUAGUUCUUUUCGAGAUGCUGACGAGGAAGAAACCGGUGUGCUCGAAUGACUCAGGGGAAGUGAUGAGUCACAUUACAUCAUUUAUACUCACGCCGGAAGAGGAGGACGACGAGCUGCUGGGCAUGAUUGAUCCUCAAGUGAUGAAGGAAGCGAACAGGGAUGAUGUAAUGGUGAUAGCUAGGUUGACGAAAAAGUGUUUAUCUUUAACGGGGAAGGAUCGUCCUACAAUGAAAGAAGUCACAAUGGUAUUGGAGGGGAUUCCCAAAGAGUCAUUGGGGAAUGGCGUUGAUGUUGAGUAUGAUAAGAAUUACGCGAUUGAGCGACAGGAAACCACUUGCAUAGAACAUUUGCGUUUUCGUAGUAACAUCUCAAUGUUAGACACGUCUUAAACAACUUAUUCACUGUUUCAUUCAUUGAUUAGGGUGGUUUCUUCGAUUUUGAUGUGUCUUCACCAAUCACAUUGUAUUAUUCCUUGGAUGGAAUG